UGCGACGGUGGCUAGUAGAAUGGAGAAAAGCACUGCUUUAACAAUAAACCCUGAAGCAGUGAAACGACUUGAAAGCAUCUUAAAUGAUUCAUCUUAUCGAGAAGCUGUAGAAAACUCUGCAAAUUAUAAUACUCAUCUGUGCUCAGAGAGAAAAACUAGACUUCCAUUUUUGGAUGCUCAAACUGGAGUUGCCCAAAGUGACUCUAAUCUCUGGAUGCCAAAAUGGCAAAGAAUGCCUGGCCAGAAUGAAGGACAACUAUAUACUUACCCUGCUCGACGCUGGAAGAAGAAACGAUGGCAGUAUUUAAUGAAUGACAGAUAUCUCACUGGAAGGAUACGUGAAACAGAUGCUACUGAAACAGACAUCCAUCAAAUCAGUGUUGUGGAAAAUGCUGCUGUUGGUCUUGAAGAUGGAGGAGAGAACAGUCUUGACAAAGUUACUGAAGAUUCUAAAGAUUCGUGGUUUCGAGAAUAUGAGGAUGUGAAUGAAUUCCCUGAUCUUGGUGAUCCUGAAGAUCCAGAAACUGAUUUUGAUGAUUUUGAAGAAACUUACACUCGUAAAAAGAAAAGAAAAGUUCGGCAAAGCACUCGAGGUAGAAAGAGAGGAGAAAGAAUAGAAUAUACAGAUGCUGAGAAGCCGUACAGUUGUGAGAUUUGUGGUGCCCGCUAUAAGACGAGACCUGGAUUGUCUUAUCAUUACACACACAGCCACAACAAUAGCUCUGACACUGCAGAAGAAGAACCAAGCUAUGUUCCUCCAAAAGCGGCACUGUCAUCUUCACUUUCUCACUCUCCUUCUUCCUCUACGGGAACACCGGCAGAUGACCCGCUGGCAGGUUUGAGGAAAUUUCAGGACAGCUUCUUGUCCUUCCUAAACAGCCCAAGUAAUGGUCAGCGAAGUGCAUCAGGCAAACCACUUGCUGCUCCUAGUCCUUACUGUGACUUCUGUCUUGGAGAUAGUAAUGAAAACAAAAAAACCAGACUAGCAGAAGAACUGGUUUCUUGUGCUGAUUGUGGUCGUUCAGCUCAUCCCACUUGUCUGCAGUUCACCCCCAACAUGACAGCUUCAGUGAAACAGUAUCGUUGGCAGUGCAUUGAAUGCAAAUCAUGUGGUCUGUGUGGAACCUCGGACAAUGAUAUGACUACUAUUUCUGGCAGGACCAGCUUUUGUUCUGUGAUGACUGUGACCGAGGAUACCAUAUGUACUGCUUGAAUCCUCCUUUAUCAAAUCCUCCAGAAGGGUCUUGGAGCUGCCACCUGUGUAUUGAAGAAUAUCAUGGAGGAAGAAUACAGAUGGGAUAGUCAAAAUGUUUCCUUGAAAAUUUGUAGAAUUAAGGAUCUCACUAUAACAAUCUUGUUUUUGAAAAUUAGAAUAUUCACAGAAUUUUGACAUCUCUUCUUCUUAGUGUUCUUUUUCUGUGUUUCGUAGUUGAUAGAGUUAGAUCAUUUUAAUCUGGUUUCUGUGUUAAUUGUAGAAAAACAGUGAGAUGUCUGUUUGGUAAUGCACAAGAGAACUGUAAAGAUCUGCCAAAAUAAAUAUUACAUCCUAUGUCGCUUAAGAUAUAUGACAUAAAAAACAAAUAUGGAUGAUUUUUAAAUGCGUCUUUCCAGAGUUAUGUAAGAUGCAGCAUCAAAAAAGUUCUACACCUAAUUGGAUUGUAAAGUCAGUUUUACUUUAUUAUCUAGGAUUCUUCAUUAUAAUUUGCUAGUUCAAGGAUAAACCAUUGUUAGCUUACUCAGAGGUAUGCUGCUAACUGGAAAAUAAAUAGUAUAUUUGUUUUAUAUUGAACAAAGUUUGUAAGUAUAUUGAAGUUUCUAUUAUAUAACAUCAUAUUAGAUCCCAAGAAACAGUUUUUUGUCUACUAACUUUCUAGAUAUGCUUGGUAAUUGUUGAAUAGCAUUAGUUUAGUGAAGGAUAAAUAAAAAUGUUUCCUGUUGACUAAAGAUGAAUGUUUCCUAAGAAAAUUCAUUAUCAAGUUAUAUAUAUAUUGUUAACAUGAUGUACUUGUGGAUAUUUUCUGUGUUUAAAACAACACUAUUAUUGAGAACAUAAUUUCUUAACUAUUAUAACAUUAAUACUACUAUUUGAAAACUAUAAGGCUGCUAAAUUCCACCUUUGCAGUAAAAUAUUUAGGGGUUUAUGCCUCAGUAUCAAAGUGAUUUUGUAUUUUCUAGUGUUAAAUAUGAUAAUGAUACAUUUUAUUCAGUUUUUUAUAACUUAUUUUAAUUAGUAUAUUAUCACUUAAAAACUUUCAAUCUGUUUUUAAAAAUUGUGAAAUUAAUGGUUAGAUAUUCAUCUCUGUGCAGUUAACAGGUAAUUAUUUUAUUUCUUUAACUGCUAAAUGUAACAAUAAAAAUGAUAUGUGUGUGUAUAUGUGUGUACACGCAUGCACACUGAUGUUACAAAGUGUGAAUGUUUUAAAAUGUUAUUACCAUCCUUUUUGAGCCUUAAUAAGGCAUUCUUUCAAGUGUUUUUGGCAGUAAGAAAAGUUACUGAAGUAUAUUUCAUCUUUAUUAGUUAGACUUUGAAAAAAUGUUUUAUUUAAUCAAAGGCAAACUCUCAAGAAAUUUUUAUUUGUGACUUUCGUCGUGUGUUUCCAAAACUUAAGCCAAAAGUUCUGCAUUUGAGAAAUCUUGGAUGAAAACUUGUGUUGUUAUAACCAUACGAACUUAUGAGUGAAAGAAGAAUGUCAUAUGUCAAAUACACUAUUUUGUGUUAACAUAUAAAUGUUUAUUCACAUUAAUUUCAUUAUCAGCCAUUGUAUUGUCAAACAAUGUUCGUUAUGUGGUUAUGUGUAUAUUAUUAGAUUACUGUUUAUAUGUUCCUAUGUAUAGUACUAGGUAUGUGUGUAUGUAUGAAACCCAAUACUAGUGGUAAUGAUAUACCAUAGUGUUUCUAACAAAACAAAUCAUGUAUCUUGUAGAGAGUGUCAAAAGCUAAAUAUUUACAUAAAUUGUGUUAAACUAUGAUAUUCUCUACCAAAUCAUAAAGGAAAAAUUCAAUAAGAAAUGCACACAUUUUUUUAUGUUAAAUUUUGCUGUACCAAUAAAUUGCUAACAUAGGUUGGCAUAGCAUAAUUAAAAAAAAUUGGACUUACCAAAACUUGUGGUACAAAGAAAAAACUAAUAGUUCAAGUAAAUGUUAGCAGUCAUGAAAUUAGUGUUGGUUAAAACAUUUUGAAAUCUUCAAACAAAUGACUUUUACCAAACGAUAAAACAAUUCUUGUAUGAAUGUUGAGAAACUGGAAUGCUAAAUUUUUUAUUUUAUGUAAAACCUAGAUUAUAAUUCUCUUAAUGUGUUUGAAAAUAGCUGGCCAUGAAAUAAUAUAAUUGUAUCAUAAACAAGAAUUAAAAAGUGACAGAAUUUAUCAUUAUUUAGCUUAUGAUUGAUCAAUCAGCUGUGAUUGUUUGAACUAUAGAAAUUUAAGUAGAAAUUAUAAAGUUAAAAUGUGUGGUAGAAUCUAAUGAGUAACUUUAAUGUAGUAUGUUUUUAUUUUAUUUUUAAAACUGUGUUAAAUGUAUUUUGAAGAGAGAAGAAAUCACUAGUUUUGGUUUCUUAUGUUAAUGACAGAAUACUAGUUUCAGUUAGCUAGUAUGUAUUACAUUCCUACUUGUAAGAAGGACUGCUGGAAACAAAAACAUAAGGUUUUUAAAAUGUUCAUCAUGUUUUUUCUCUGCACAGUGGAAAGUGAGUUUUAUAAAUAACUACCUGAUUGUGUCAUAAUUCACUUUAUGAUGUUGUUCUGCUAUGUGGUAAGAUACUCAUUUUAUAAAAGAUAAUACUGACAUUGGAAAUCAGUGGCAGGUUGUAACAGUGUUAGAUGCAAAUCUUGUGCAUCUUAAAAAGUCCGAAAUUAAAGUCUGUUUAAGAAACUGAUAGUGAUUUAAAAAAGUAAAUAGGGUGAAUGUAUGGCUGUAAUAAUUGUGUGUGCUGUACUCUGAGUAUUCACUAAGUUGAUUAGUACUGUCAUAUUGAAAUUCAGUGUGUGCAUGAACUAAGGUUUUUUUAUCCUGAUGUCUCAGUGACACUAAGUGAAAAAGUCAGCUGUAUAACAGGUAAUUGGUCUAUUUUUGUAAGUUUUUUCAGAAUGUAUAUGCAUCAUCUGAAAUUUAUUAUAAUGGUGUCUGAGUGGCACUAAAUGAAGAAGAUAGCAUUUUAGAAUGUUUUAAAAACAAUCUGGUUCCUAAAUCUUAUUAUGUAUUUUGGCAUCAUACCUGUGUUUACACUGUAAUACAUGUUUGAAUGCAUAGAGUAAUGUGAGAUAGUCUUGACAAUAGUGUGAUCUACAUGUGUAUUUUUGUACUUGGUAUUUGAAAUCUAGUGAUGCCCAUUGAUAUUUGAAUUGUUACAGGAGUAUUAGGAUGUACUCUGUGCGUGUUCCUGACUAGCCAUUCAUGUACAGAGUGAUUUUAGUUCUCAGUAAUGUUAAUUAAUUAAAGCAUGCUAUACUUUUUAAUGAUAUGUAUUCUUAUACAUAGAUCUGUGUAUAUGCACAUUGUGAAUCAGGCUGUAAUAUAUCACUGCAGAGUACGGCUAUAGAUAUAUUCAGUACUUGCGUUAUAUUCCCAAAUUUCAAAGAGAUUUUAGUACAAUCUUAUAGACAUUUCAUUUGAAAUAUUUACUUGGUAAAUAACUUUUAACUACAUAUAUUCACAUACUUUUUUAAUACUUUGUAUUGCUGACUUCAAGCUUGUGAUGCAGAAAGGAUUUGAUUUUCUAUAAUUUUUUGUUUAAAAGUUAGAUCUCUCACAGUAACAAAUUUCAGAAUUUUUGAACUUCCAAGUAUAAAUUUUUUUCUGAAUUUAGAACAGAACAUAUUUGAAAUGCAAACACAGUAAGACAUAAUGGCCAAACAAAAAAAGCUUGUUCAGAAAUCAAAGUCAAGGGGGAAAACUGUUUUGUUACUUUUUUUGUGUUCAAUUUUGAUUUUGUAGAUGAAAUCGCAAGAUAAUUGCAUUACUCAAUUUAUUAUCCUAUAUUCCUAUGUGUUUUCAUAUUUAAGCAAAUGCACAUGACUGUUAGAAAUGGGAAAGACUGUUGGUGCUAUUGUAAUUAAUUUUUGUGUAAAUUGGAAUGAUGUUAACAAUACCAUAUGAAGCUAGCACAGACACGAGAUGAUUUCCACAGUUUGAAGCUCAUACUCUAUAUUCAAGGUUUGGGAAUGAAGAAGAGGUCCUGGUAAACCUUGCAGCAAAUGAAUAAUGUGUUGUGAGCCUGGAAGGAUAAUUUUAGUCUUAGAUUACUGUUUUUUUGCUAACCUAACACUACAACUAAUCAAAGAUUAAUUUAAUAGUAAAAAAAUCCUAAGUAAAAUAAUGUUGAACAUGAACCAUUGUUAUUUUUAAACACACUGAGAGAGGUACUAUAC